GCCAUCCCGAUGUCCGAUCCAACAGCCAAGCUGGAGAGUUUCCUCAAGACUCUGCUGAAGUCGCUGGAUCAGCCGCUUCUGCCAAAUCAGCCGCCCGACGCGUACGCUGCGUCGGUCCUUCCUCAGCUCCAGACGCCGUCCAGGGUCAUCGUCAAUGGCACCCCGUACGGCUCAAAGCAACUGUUCCAGCAGACAUGGGCAACAUUGCCCGCCUCGCAGCAUCAAUUGCUCAGUUAUGAUGCCCAUUUGAUCCCCACAGGCCAUCCGCAAAACAUUUACAGCAUUCUGGCGCGCGUGAGAGUGCGGUUUGACGAGUCUGGUCGCAACCGACUCGGUGAGACAGCAGACCUCGUACCAGUCGACAGGCCCGCUAGACCGCUGUAUUCGCCGUGGUUUGGCGUGUCCUUGUACUUGAUUGCUGACGAGCAGCUGAACCACACCUUUGAGUGCGAGUGCAUCAGCUCCUUUAAUUACAGAGUGACCGAACAACCAGAGAAGAGUGUCUUCCAUUUAUAACUCAAAUAACUCUUUUUAUCCACGGCUUGGCCAGCACCAAAACAGUCAUUCCCAGGCUGAUGGCGCACUGCAGUGCCACACACCCCAUUUGGACAUAGAGCCCCAUUCCAAAGUCUACUGCAGCGAGCUCGUUGUCGUUGGUGAGCUCGUUCAACUUCAUCACGUACACGUAUUCCACGAUCAGGUCUCCCAUGUUGAGCACGAGCGACGCGAAAUUCAGGGCGUUGAGGGCUCCGAGGAUGAAUGAGACGCGCUUCUGCAUCUUGUAGAACCUGCUUUUCGACCUCAGCAGACUCACAAGCACCACCGCAUACGCCAGAGCCGCGCAGCAGCAGCCAAAGCUGCACAAAAUGACAAACGGCAGGAUCUGGCCCAGGUGCUUGACCAGCAGCGCCUCGUACGCGAUCUCGUUGUCAUCUCCGAGACUCUCCAAGAUGGCGUGAAACCCGGUCACAAGCGAGUCGCCCACGUCUUGCGGCUGACCCUGGCUAGAAAUGAUGCUCAGACUCAUUCCGGCGUCUUUAACCAGCACAGACGGAAGAUCCAGGCCGCCACGGAAACUCGUGCAUGUUCUCCCGUUGGUGAGAUAGUUGUCCUUGCAGUAUCCAAAAUAGUUGAUUUUGAAGAUAUUGUCCACUGAGAAGGUGUCUAUCUCCUUGAUGUCCUUGUCGGUAAAGUCGACGGCGGGCGAGUCUGUUCCCAAGUCCAUGGCGAAAUACGUGAUCACCUUGAUGCUUUCUCUGAUGGUGUUUAGCGGGCUCGCCCGCGAGUCAUCGAUGAACUGGAACUCGAUUUUGGGCAGGCAGUACACACUGUCUGCGCCACACGAGAUGGAUACGCCGCCGAUCAGCAGCGGUGGAACGAACAUGAGCAGCGCCAAAAAAGAGAGCACCACAAACGUGCGGUAGUAUCCUUUUGUGGGUGCUAUCAAAGGUUUUGUUUUGUGGGCGUACGACGUUGUUGUUGUUGUUGUUGUUGAAUAGUCGUUUGUUUUCGCCGUGCUCAUGAACUGGUCCGAGCUGUUGGCGUCGGUGAGUCCCGACGAGCUGUUGAAUGGCGACACCGACAUUUUGGACGGCCGUGCUGAGCGCUCGUCCUUGAACGGGUUUUCCACCGCGGCGGCUGGUUCGUCCAUCGGCGACCGUUGCGCCGCCUCCUCGUUCGGGUCUGUGAAGAAGAUCGGCUUGAACGACUUGCUGCCCGAGAACGUGUCUGGGAAUCGGGGGGUCUGGUUAGAGAGCAUAGGAUUAGCAAUAAGCGCGAAAGAAAAGGGAGAAAAUUUUGGGAGGAUGCAUUGCAAAUAGAUGAU